AUGUCCUCGCUUCGGCCCAUCGCCCAGCGCUGGGCCGCGAAGACGACGACGACGACGACGACCUCUGUCGCAAAGUCGGCCUCUACUGUGGCCGGCCUCCGCUACAACUCGUCGUCCUCGUCGUCGCCCGCCAACUCCUCCUCUUCCUCUUCCUCGUCCGCCUCCUCGCGCGGCCCCAGCUCCUCCACCUCGGCGCUCGCCUACAAGGCCCUGCACCGUCGCUCCGCGCCUCUCCCCAAGAGCGCCGCCACGCCCGCCUGGUCCGCACAGUCCGCCGUCUCCAACAUCCUCUACGAGACGCCCACGCCCCCGACCGACCCCCCCAAGCGCCACAUCCUCAACUGCCUCGUCCAGAACGAGCCCGGCGUCCUCUCCCGCCUCUCCGGCAUCAUCGCCGCCCGCGGCUUCAACAUUGACUCCCUCGUCGUCUGCAACACAGAGGUCGAGGACCUCUCCCGCAUGACCAUUGUCCUCACCGGCCACGACGGCGUUGUCGAGCAGGCCCGCCGCCAGCUCGAGGACCUCGUCCCCGUCUGGGCCGUCCUCGACUACACAGAGGCCGCCCUCGUCCAGCGCGAGCUCCUCCUCGCCAAGAUCAACAUUCUCGGCCCAGAGUACUUUGAGGAGCUCCUCCACCACCACCGCGAGAUCACCACCGGCCACCCCGCCGUCGCCGACGAGCUCGCCGCCGCCGCCGCUGACCAGGGCCAGCAGCAGCAGACUCUCGAGCAGACCGCAAAGGACUUUCACCCCAGCAAGCUCGCCGCCUCCGAGGCGUUGCGCCACAAGCACGAGCAUCUAAAGUCCAUCACCUACUUUGCGCACCAGUUUGGCGGCAAGGUGCUGGAUAUUAGUAAUACCAGCUGCAUCGUCGAGGUGUCCGCAAAGCAGAGCAGGAUCGACUCCUUCCUCAAGCUCGUCGGCCCCUUUGGCAUCCUCGAGUCCGCACGCACCGGUCUCAUGGCCCUGCCUCGCUCGCCCCUCCACGGCAUCAAUGAGGAGGCCAUUGCCAAGGAGGCGGAUGAGGCUGUCGACGCGAGCCAGCUUCCCCCUGGCUAA